CAGUGAUGCUGUCAGGAAGCAUUUCCUUCUCUAGCCUGUCCGGGAAACACACACUCUACAGACACACUCUCAGGCUCUCUGCCUGUGUACAGCUACCAUACCUAUACUUCUAGCUCUAGAUCAGACAGCUGCCAGAUGAAUCAGACCAUGCAACCCUCCCACAGCUCUCAUCCCAGAUCCUCAGAACACACACAGGACCGAACAGCCCUCAAACAUGUAAGCUACAACAAGGACACCUCUCAGAUCUGUCCAUCUGCGGACCACAGAGACUGGCUCUGCCCUGUGUGUCUGCAAACUGCCAGCUUUCCUGUACAGACCAACUGUGGCCAUCUCUUCUGUGCUCCCUGUCUGAUCUCGUACUGGAGACUUGGGUCCUGGCUGGAUGCCAUCAGCUGCCCUCUGUGUAGACAAAGGGUCAGUGUCCUGUGUUGUCUAUUCGGUGAGGGUCAGUCAGACAGAAAGGAGAGGGAGGUUCUGGGAGAAAUUACCGACUACAACAAACGCUACUCAGGAACCCCUCGAAGGGUGACAGACUACUUGUGUGACACGCCCCUGUUCCUGCAGCUGCUAGCCCGCGGCCUGGGCGCUAUGGGGGGGCUCGUGUGCCUCUUCUUUCUCAGAGUGGUGCUCUGCUGUCUUGGGGCCAUGGUGUCCCUCUCCUCUGCCCCCCUGGACACUCCAUCCUCCCUGUCUAGCCUCCUGGGGGUCCUGGAUGACCUGGUGGUGGUCUUCCUGCUGCUCACCUGUGUUAUCAACAUCAACCAGCAAAUGACGCCAGAGAGUGGGAACUCCUCAGCACACACAGCCACACAGGGAGUAGGUCUGCUCAGUAACUCGCUGUAGCAGCAGAGAUGAUAACCUGCAGUGAUUUCACCUUUGUUUCAACAGGAGAUCUCAAGGUGAAGAAACGAUUUUUGAGCGAGACCUAGCAGAAUGUCAGCAGCGUCCGUCUGCUGGUUUUCAUCCUGGUGUUAGCAGGUGUUGGACUCACUGUAGCACUGGCAUAGACAACCUUUAGGUUUACAGCUAAUUACAGGCGAACAGCAGGCAGUCUAACCAGGGGCCCAGUUUAUGCGUUGAUGAAUGUAUGCUGACGUAGGUGUCUCAACGUCUCAGACCUUGCCUUCUUUCUUUCCUUCAUGACCAGUGAUCUGGUGAGAUGGUGAAAGCUACAUGGUGGAACCUACACAACUAGUUUCUCCAUACAUGCGGUGUAGGCCUACCAGUGGAGGCUGGUGGGAGGAGCUAUAGGAGGACAGGCUCAUUAUAAUGGCUGGAAUGGAAUUUAUGGAACGGUAUCUAACAUAAUUCUAUUCUAGCCAUUACAACCAGCCUCCACUGAGUCCUACUCAACUCAUUUGAGAGUGGGCAUGUUUGAUGGAUUACGAUGUAGUAUUUUAUGUAGCAUUUUAUUAUGUUUUUUUGUGUAGUGUUUAUUUCUACUCCUACAGUAUAUACAGUACCUGUAGUCUUUAUUUUGGAGACAGUAAUGGUUAUCACUGGCCUUCAGUGGUUCAGUGAGACCUGGGGUCUGUUCAGGAGGGUGCAGAUUAAAUGGAGGCCUAUUGUGUUGCACCCUGUCGACGCAACCCUGCUGUUUUUUCAGUGAUGUCAGUACUAUAAAAUUAAAAUGUAAAUACUAGAUAUUUUACCAAGGCAUUGUUGAAUACUUGCUUCUGACUGGCAUUCUAGAGCGUGCAUUAUGUAAGGGAUAUUCAAGGAGGGGCUAUGCUUUCUAUGGAAAAUAAUGAACACGUGGAAGGUGUGUUCCACGACACACCACUAGCGGAGUGGAACUGACCUUCCAUGGAGUUGCAUUAUUUUCUGGAGAACGCAAGUUGAUUAUCCCUUUUAUAUUUAUCAUAUCCGUGGUAUACAUUCUCAAUGUUCUAUUGCCAUACUGGCUGGCAACAUUCUUAUCCCUUGCUUGCUAGCUAGCCAACUAUGGCUAACUUACAUUCACGCCAAAAAAAGUGCAGCCAAAGUAACUGCAUUUGCAUUUGUUUAAGCUGUUUUCUAGAGACCUUGAAUGUGGAUACAUCCAUAACAAUGAACUAAUAAUGUGCGAUUUCGCCUGGCAUAGAACAUUUGCCCUCUUGCCAGGCCACUGUUCAGAAUAGAUAGCCAACUACACAGCUAACACAAUAAUUUCAAACUGAAGCUGGAAUGAAAGCGAAUGAGCUGCAUUUCGUGUUUUUCUUUUCUUUGUAUAUAUCCAAAGAAAUUAUGCAGAUUCAUGAUUUCGGCUGGCUGAGAAAAUCUGCAAGCCUGUCUUUCUCGAGACGUUCAUUACCAUACAACAGCUGGAGAUUGAAUUUUAAUAUUGAAACAAUGUUUGAAUGUUGGAGAGACAGACAGCAAGGUUAUUACAAAUCUCCGCUGUUGAAAACCAAAUGCUAGUCUAAAAGAAAUGGGAGAUAAUGUCUAGAUACUUUUUACAGUGUAGAUCUAGUAUAUAAAUGGCCUGGC